AUUUAUCAACUAGCCCAAAAGCUCUCCUCCUCGUCUAUAUCCCUGUCCUUCCUCUGCUCUCUCUCCCUCUCUCUGUUAGCUUAAGAAGCUCAAUCCUCUAUGGCCUCCGUACUGAACACAGUUUCAUCCAUUAUUCUAUCGAACACCAACGCCAACCGAAUUCGGUCUCGGCCCGUUUUGGAACCGAUUUCUGUGUCAUUCACUAGGCGGAGACUUACGAUUAGAGCAACGGAGACUGAUGCCAACGAAGCGGUUAAAUCUCAGGCACCGGAUAAGGCGCCGGCUGCUAGUGGUUCGAGUUUCAAUCAGCUUCUUGGCAUUAAAGGAGCGGCACAAGAAACUAAUAAAUGGAAGAUCCGGCUUCAACUUACAAAACCUGUUACUUGGCCUCCACUGGUAUGGGGAGUGAUUUGUGGAGCCGCUGCUUCUGGAAAUUUUCACUGGAACUUGGAGGAUGUUGCCAAAUCAAUUGUUUGCAUGAUGAUGUCUGGCCCGUGUCUAACUGGCUAUACACAGACACUUAAUGAUUGGUAUGACCGAGAUAUUGAUGCAAUAAAUGAACCUUAUCGUCCAAUUCCUUCAGGGGCAAUAUCUGAGAAUGAGGUCAUUACACAAAUUUGGGUUUUGCUUUUGGGAGGCCUUGGCUUGGCUGGUAUAUUAGACGUGUGGGCAGGGCAUGACUUCCCUAUAGUUUUUUACCUUGCUCUUGGUGGAUCCUUGCUAUCGUACAUAUACUCUGCUCCACCUUUAAAGCUGAAACAAAAUGGAUGGAUUGGAAAUUUUGCCCUGGGAGCAAGUUAUAUCAGUUUGCCAUGGUGGGCUGGUCAAGCUUUAUUUGGGACGCUUACACCAGACAUCAUUGUUCUGACACUCUUGUAUAGCGUAGCUGGGUUGGGUAUUGCCAUUGUCAAUGACUUUAAAAGUGUUGAAGGAGAUAGAGCACUGGGACUUCAGUCACUUCCAGUUGCUUUUGGUGCUGAAACUGCCAAAUGGAUUUGUGUUGGCGCUAUUGACAUAACUCAGAUAUCUGUGGCUGGGUAUCUGCUCGGGGCUGGUAAACCAUACUAUGCCUUAGCCUUACUUGCUUUGAUAAUACCUCAAGUCGUUUUUCAGUUUCAGUAUUUCCUCAAAGACCCUGUUAAGUAUGAUGUUAAAUAUCAGGCAAGCGCGCAACCAUUUCUUGUGCUUGGUCUUUUGGUGACUGCUUUAGCAACCAGCCAUUAAUCUCACAAUGUCACGCUUACCAAAGGACGCUACGGGGAGGAGAAGAGAUGGGCUCAGAGUGAAAAGCUCACUGAACAGCUGCUAAAAGGCACACAAUUAAAUCACGCCAGUUCCACUGAACCCUUUUGUUAAUCAUGUUGUACCGAUUAAACUGUCAUAAUUUUCCACUUUCCUUUUCCCCUGAACAGAGAGAGAGAUGUAGGCCUGUGUAUUUACAGCAGAAUGCGAAACUAGAAAGCAGCUAUUGUAAAUGUGAUGUUUGUUGUAGCAUUGUGCUUUUGUCGUUAUCUUACAUUAUUUGCUUCUCA